CCAACAUACCUUGGCGGGUGUGCCAUGGUCGAGAGAGCUGAUGAGUUUCCACCUACUGGUAUCUCUCGCAGCUUCCACUCACUCGCUCGGAUCCGCUGACUGACUCGGGUUGCUUUCGCUUUUGUCCUCGGGCGAUCGAUGAGGUCGACGGAAGUCAUUGGAUCGAACGUAUUACUCUCUUACCGACCAGCUUUCUCGUGCAGCGAAGAUUUUCUACACCCUUUUCUUUAUCGUCUGCGAAUUCUCGGAAAGAUCUGAGCUGAUCACACGCGAAUCACGUUCGCAAUAUAUCACGACCUCUGCCUUCGCAUCUCGAACAAAACUAAUUGAAUCAGCGUACACAUGACGCACAGUCCAUGCCCAUCAUCCUUCACUAGAUUCCGGGUUAGACUGGGCUACCUCUAUUUCUAUCUCGCAGCAGCAGCAGCAGCAGCGUUUGACUAGACUGGGCUUCCAUUUUGCCAUCGCUCGAAUGGAAAAGCUGGGAGAUUACAAGUCCGCGUUUCACAGUGAGUCUCCCUCCCAGAUUCCCCCAGCCGCUACAUCCGAUCCUACAUCGUCGAUCGCAGGCCCGGGCGGAAUACGACGGACCUGCGUGGAGUAUGUCUGAAGGUCCGCCAGGGGAGGCCACGUUUACGGGACCGCGAGCUUUGGCGCUAUAAGGUGCCAUGCUGCUAUACGCAGCGCAUUUGUGGAGGGCAGUAGAUUAUAAGACGAGAGAGUGGCGUGAUCGGAGUCGACAAGGGUUUACUGGAACUUGACUGCGGGGUUACUGCAAUCGAAUGCGAGUCCUGGAGUGCCGAAAGUCCAGAUCAUCGAUUUGGACACACUCGGAAAUUCCGCCGUGGAUUCAGCCGCGAAGUCGUGGCGAAUUUUAAACGCCUAUUGGCAGUGGGGGAAGAAUCUCCAUGAGUGUGUCCGUGACGAUUCACCUAAUUCGUCGGGGCCCAAGCCCAUCGCUCGCCCUGUAGCAGUCCUGGAAGCGCUCGUUGACAUAAGGUUGGUGGAAGAUUCUGAGCUGCCUCGUGUAUCCGCAGACCUCUUCCACAUGGGCGAGACCGGGGCUCUCUCGUCUCCGCCCAAGGUCCAAUGAGUGCUGACGGGACCUCGCAUCCUGUUUGAGAUCUGGCAUGCGCCGGCCUCUGGCUCAAUCUCGCUGUCUCAGGGCUUCGAUGAGCGCAACAAUCGUCUCUCUUCGAGCCUGAUAGUUUGAGCCAAGCAUUGCAUUGCAUCCAUACCCCUCGACUGUUGCGGCCGCAGUCGACAUAGAUCUUAUGACGAUUUGAUUCUUGUUUCUGUUGGAUAACCAGAAGCCACAUGAUUUUCUCCUAGCGAUUGUUUCUAUUUCCGAUUUUUUACCGCCGGAGUACCGACCGACCGAUGUAGGUAGCACGCAGAGUGCAAGAAAAUCCAAUGUCCAUCAUCUGAAGAACAGACCUCCGGCCAGCACUCACUCACAGCGAGCACACCGAGAGGCUUGGAAGAGCUCGAAUUUUUGAUUUGGGUUCGUGAAGCGGUGCACGAGACGAGGAGCUGCUGCUGCUGUCGGCGCAGAAUUAUAAAUUUUAAGCAUUUGACAUUUGCUUUAUGCAUUUCGUAAGUUUACUUCGGCCGGAGGAGGAGGAGGAGGCGGAGGAGGCCGCACGAGACUGGUCGCCUUUUCGAUCCGUCGAGAGCUGGAGCUCGUCGCUUCGUCCGCUUUCGAGCAGAUUCCUGAAAUUCAUUCGCAUGAUUCUCAACUGGAAGAAGCGCUCGUGGUCGCCGAACUCUCGCCUCAUUGCGCUGGUCGUACCGGAGAACGAGCCGAUGGAUAGCAACUUCAUACAAAAGUGGCGUCCUAUCAGCAACCUGCAGGAGAGAGAUCCACAAUUGAGACUGCACAUCUUGCAGGGGACAUUCGACGGCUCGACGCACGAAAUCUCGAGGCCCGCGCGAAGGGAGCGGUCCUUCUGCAGCAGCUGGGAGAUGGACUGUCCCGUGCGGGCCAAACUCAGCAGAGAUUUGGUGCGGAGGUCCAGAGCAACCGUGUGGAGCAAGCUGAGCUCGGACCUCGUGCUGUCCGUGCUGCUGCGACUGCCUUCCAAGAGCCAGUUUCGAUUCCACGCCGUGUGCCGCGAGUGGCGCGAGAAUUUGUCAUCGAGCAAAUUCGCCGAGGAAAAUGCAGCUCUGAAAGCAUCUGCGGCCGGCCCCGAUGUCAUCUGCGCGUACGAGUACCUGGGGCCGAAUCGUGAGGAGCCCGAUGUCUACGGGCCUCAAGAUUACAUUCCCGAGGGCGCAGUGGAACUCGCCGACAAGCUGCACGACGCCUUCACGAAGUCGCAUCGUCGGAAGAUUAAUGGCAUGGAUCUCUCGUUUGCGCCCUCGUGGAUCAUCGGGAACCGAAUGACGGCCUGCCGAGACGGGCUGCUGCUCUCGUAUUCCAAGACCAGGUGGAGGUGCUCGGGUCCUGCUUCGGCUCACGGAGGCAUGUGUCUCAUCAACCCAUUCACCAGAACCUUCCGCGAGCUCCCUCCCGUUCCUUUCGCGGAUGGCGAGCUGCUAUGGACGGAUCAUGUGAUGGUGGAGAGGAUGUCACCUUCUCACUACAGAGCAGUGGUGCUCAUGGGUGCCGGCGAUGGCAAUCAGUGGUCCGUGUACCAGUUUUCCUCGAAGACGAACGAGUGGACAAGCACAGCAGGGGACGUGCCGAAGGAGCUUCCUCUGGAUGCAAUUGGCCGCAAAUUCAGAUACCUCUCUCAAUCUUACAUGUUCACGGAGGAUCUGCUGUACUUGUGGAGAGGCAAUGUGAACGGGGAUUUGCUCAUUCACAGCCUGAAAGAUGGAAGCCUGCUGAGCAUGUCGCGUGUCGGCUACCCCGAGCUGCCUUCGGAUACGAUGGAUUGGCGCUUCCUGAAGGUCCAUCUGGUGGAGCAUCGAGGAGCAAUUUAUGGCGGGUGGCUGCUGUCGGGCUGGAGGCCUCGGCCAGGAUGUUUGUUCGGAAUCAGCAAACUCGAUAUGGAAACCAUGAAAUGGGGCGAGCUGGUGGUCUUGCCACAGGAGACUCUGCAGUGCAGCCUUGGAUUCCUUGAGCUUGCGAAAACAGGUAUGGAUUACCGGCCACAUGACUGGAAAUUCUACGAGCAUAAGGCGGUGGUUGUGGUGGGCGACUACAUCUGUAUCAGCAUCACCUCCGAUCAUGUAAAUAAGGGAGUGAAUCUGCAGUACGUCGGCGGGUUUCACAUUCCUUCCAAGUCUUGGCAGAGUUUCGACUUUCAUGAUCCGUACGUCUCUGGAACCCACGAAUUCGAGCUCUUCGAACCGAAUUGCUUACACGUCCACUUAUGACGACGGUAUCUUGGAGCGAAGGGCCAGGCCUCGAUUGGGAUCUGGAAUCCAGCCCAGAACAGAAUGACUGUGCUUGUGCUGGUCGAGCGAGCAAAUUGUUCCAUGUACAUUGCAACCUGUAAACCAUAGAGACGUAGAAAGCGAUGACGGAGCGUGGGGAGAGUUCAUGUUUAUAGAGUACGAAUGCUCCCCUCGCUCCCUAUGUAUAUAGGGCGGUCUAUUUUCUCGAAGCUGUUCUUCUUGAACUGGAAGUUUUUUUUUUUCACAUUUCCACGAAAGUCUGUCGGAGGUGGAAGCUCUGAGGUUGGCUCCUGUAGAUGGUGAUUCUGUUGAGUGACUAGUGCUCGAAUGAUAGCUCUCACGCUGUAUCUAAACUCCAAUUCACCAUCAUCGAAGAAGAGGAAAUCCUUUGCAAGGCCCUCUUUCCACUUCAAGUCCUCUUUGUAGUUGUAGAUCGACAUGUGGCGGUACCUUAUACAUAAAUCUGGUCCAGG